UGCUCCUGCUCCCGGGCGCCUGGCUGGGCGCUGCCUCCUCCUCCUUCCCCUUGGCCCCAGCCCUGCCCCAGGCUCUGCACCCAUGAGGGUCCUGGCCUGCCUCCUUGUGGCCUUGCUGGGGACCCAGGCAGUUGAGCGGCUGCGCCUGGCCUCGGGCCCCCACGGCUGUGCCGGCCGCCUGGAGGUCUGGCACAGCGGCCGCUGGGGCACCGUGUGUGACGACGGAUGGGACCUGCGGGAUGCCGCGGUGGCCUGCCGGGAGCUGGGCUGCGGGGGGGCGCUGGCCGCUCCUGGGGGUGCCUUCUUUGGGGAGGGCACCGGGCCUGUGUGGCUCAGCGAGCUGGCCUGCCAGGGCCGAGAGGGGCGGCUGGGCCUCUGUUCACACCGGGGCUGGAAGGCCCACAUCUGCUCGCACGAGGAGGACGCAGGCGUGGUCUGCGCAGGCCAGCGGGUAGCAGACUCCCGGGAUGACUCAACCUCCCCGCUGGGUGGGGAACUGUGGCUGGGGCUGUCUGCAGAGCUGAGCCCUGCCUCCAAGGAGCCCCCUGUAACUCAUGCCCCCCGCCCAGCUGGGGGCCCCCAGAGUGGUCCCCGGAAGAAAAGCCCCCGGCCACCCAAGCAGGCCAAGUCCACCCGAGCCCCUUUGCUGACGACUGGGGUCCCCCGCCCAGAGCGGCUGCGCCUGGCCUCGGGCCCCCACAGCUGUGCCGGCCGCCUGGAGGUCUGGCACAGCGGCCGCUGGGGCACCGUGUGUGAUGACGGAUGGGACCUGCGGGACGCUGCGGUGGCCUGCCGGGAGCUGGGCUGCGGGGGGGCGCUGGCCGCCCCCGGGGGUGCCCGAUUCGGGCCUGGAUCGGGCCCCGUGUGGAUGGAUGAUGUGGGGUGUGGAGGAGGCGAGCAGGCCCUCCGGGACUGUCCCCGAAGCCCCUGGGGCCGGAGCAACUGCGACCACAGUGAGGACGCUGGCCUGGUCUGCACAGGCCCUGCUCCAAGGCUGCGCCUGGCCGAUGGGCCUCAUGGCUGUGCUGGCCGCCUGGAGGUCUGGCAUGGGGGACGCUGGGGAUCUGUGUGUGACGAUGCCUGGGACCUGCGUGACGCUGCCGUGGUCUGCAGGGAGCUGGGCUGCGGGGCAGCGCUGGCCGCUCCCGGUGGGGCCUUCUUUGGGGAGGGGUCCGGCCCCAUAGUCUUGGAUGACCUCCGGUGUUUGGGAAACGAGACAGCCUUGAGAUUCUGCCCCGCGCGGCCCUGGGGCCAGCACGACUGUCACCAUCGCGAGGAUGCGGGGGCUGUGUGUGAUGGCAUGCCCCUUGGCCACGUGGUCCCCACAGCCCCUGAAGGGGACCGCAGCAGCCCAGUAUCCACAGAGGCGGCCACCCCACCCACGGCCCGCACAGCGAGCCUGGCUCCAGGGACAGCUGGCAGCUCGCUUCCUGCAGCCUCUCCUACUACCCCGCGAGAGCCGGGACCGGACGCGGGGUCUCCCCAGCUGCGCCUGGUGGCUGGGCCCAGCAGGUGCUCUGGCCGGCUGGAGGUGUGGCAUGAUGGGCGCUGGGGUACGGUGUGCGACGACAGCUGGGACCGGCAGGACUCCGCCGUGGUCUGCCGGGAGCUGGGCUGUGGGGGGCCUCGGCAGCCAGAGCCUGCCUCGGGCCGCUUUGGCUGGGGCGCGGGCCCCAUUUGGCUGGAUGACGUGGGCUGCGUGGGGACGGAGGCUGCGCUGUCUGACUGCCCUGCUGCUCCCUGGGGGAAGCACAACUGCGCUCACAAUGAGGACGUCGGGGUCACAUGCGCUGGGAGUCCUGGCAUGGACACCAUCUCCGACCCCUUCAGCUGGAGCUGGCUCCCUGGCCUGGGGAGAGAGCAGGACAGUUGGCUCCCAGGAGAGCUGGCCACCACACCUUCUGGGGGCCUGACCUCUAGUGCUCCAGAGAAAACAACGACCAGGGCCCCAGGGAAAGCCCCCAAAAGCACUAAGAAGUGGGUGCCCAAAAGUGCCAAGAGGCUGACCACUCAGCCUCCCAGGACGCCCACCACUAAACACCCCAGAGGCCUGGGCACCCACAGCUCCCCACAGCCGACCUCACAGACCACAACCCUGGCCCCUGGGGCCUCCCCGACAAGAACCUCUGAGUUACCAGAAAAGCUGCUCACGGAGACUACCCGCAGAUGGGCUUCAAACGCCACCUCCAGGACAACUCCUCAGGCCCUCUGGGAGUGGCCCUCAGGGACCACAACCAUGUUGUCCCCUCAAGGGCCCCAAGAAAUGACCUCUGAGACCACCAUGGAGCAUAUCCAUCGGGCCUCCCUGGAGCCAUCUGCCGAGACCCCGGCCCCCUCCCCCACGGCCAGCAUCCCUAGGGGAUCAGGGCCCUUCCGGGUGCGUCUGGCCGAUGGGCCCAACAGGUGUGCUGGCCGGCUAGAAGUGUGGCAUGCUGCACGCUGGGGGACAGUCUGCGAUGACAACUGGGACCUGCGGGAUGCCACUGUGGCCUGCUGGGAACUGGGAUGUGGAAAGGUCCGGGCCCGAGUGGGCAAGACCCACUAUGGCCCCGGGACCGGGCCCAUCUGGUUGGAUGACAUGGGCUGCAAGGGAAGCGAGACCUCGCUGAGUGCCUGCCCCUCUGGGGGCUGGGGCAAGCACAACUGUGACCACGAGGAAGACGUGGGGAUCACCUGCACUGGCUACACAGAUGACGAGGAUUAUCCCUCCUGGACCUCAGACCCCACUUUGGGAGAGGACCUGGCCAAGGGGGCCACCACGGUAGUGGGGCCUGGACGCACUCGUCCGUGGGGUGCCACCCCAGCAACUCGGGGCCUUCCAGUCACAGGUGGCCAGGCUGCUUCCGAGCCUUCCAGGACGUGGGACGCACCUCCGAGCAGGGGCCCCGCCAAGGGCACGCCCAGCACAGCCAGGCCGGCGCCCACCCCUUCCAGUGGCCCCGGCAGGCGCCCGGGCCACCCCUCUGCGGCUCCCAGGGCUCGUGGGAACACAGGUGCCCCGCGCAGGACAGGGCUGGAGCGUCGCCUGCUGCGCCCCACUGCAGCCAGGGCAGCGCCUCCCACGCACCCCCCGGACCCCUCUGCCUCACCUGGGCUGCAGCUAACCUCUGACGCGGCCUCUGCUCGUCCCCGCUCCUUGACGCCCACCCCGGACCUGCCCUCCUCGACGGUGCCCGACCUUGCCCCCGCAACGACGCCGCUGCCCACUGCGCCCUCGGAACCAACAUUUGAGCCAUCUGCUUCGCCAGAGGGGACCCCGGGAUCUGACACAACACCAGAUUGGGACACAACCGCGGGAACUUCUGGGCCCCCAGAGCCCUCCAUCAGCUCAUACCCCGCUACGACCUCAUACACCACCACAGCUCCGAACCCCACCACCGCUCCGAACCCCACCACCACACUGUACCUCACUACAACCCCGCUCCCCACCACCACCACCACUAACCCCACCACCACGCAGUCUAUCACUACAACCCCGCUCCCCACCACCACCCCUCACCCUACCAUUAUGCAGGACCUCAGUACAACCCCGCGCCCCACUGCCGCACCUCACCCUACCACCACCACCUCGCGCCCCACAGGGCCUCCCGACCCCUCCUCCAGCCCUAACAUCUCUACUGAGUCUCUUCAAACCUCCCCAGGGACAGAAUUCCUCCCCUCCACCCCAGCAGCAAGGGUUACGCCCAGCUCGCACCCCCAGGUGACCCUUACGGGACCCCCUCCAGCCCCCACGUCUCAGAGGCAGAGCCCAGCACCCUCUCAGCCCAUUCAGGCCUCAGAGCCCAGCUCCCCCAGGUCUCCUCUAGCCGCAAGUACAGACCCACUAUCCACCGAGGACUUCAGGCCCCCCAGGAGCCAGAACCCCACCCUAACUCCCCCACAGACCCUGGCCCCACCCCCUGAUUCAGGCCCCACCGUGACCUCUGACCUCCCCCUUUCCCCCAUGUUCAGUCCCUCAGACCAGCCACCCCUUGACCACCAGCCCCUAGAGCCAAGUCCUGGGCAGACCCUGGGUUCCCUUGGCCCCUGCGCCUCCCCAGCACCCCCUGUGAGGGUCAUGGCUUGUGAGCCUCCUGCCCUGGUGGAGUUGGUGGCUGCUGUGAAGGACAUUGGUGGCCAGCUGCAGAGACUGACCCAGGUGCUGGAGCAGGACCAGUCGGAGCGCCGGGCCCUGGGGCUAGGACUGGCCCAGCUGGUGGAGGCUGCCCGGGGUCUGGGGCAGCUGGGCGAGACAGUAAGGAGACUGGCGGAAGUGGCCCAGCCCACCAGCACUCCUAGGCCCCCCAGCACCACCCCAGAGGAGGAGGAGAGACCUCUGAGGGGAGAUGUGUGACCCUCUCCUAGAUGUGGGGGUUCAAGCUAGUCUCAGACACACCAAAGAAAAUCACAGUAACUAAAAACAAGGUGCAAAUGGAAUUUCUGAGGGACAGGGGAAGCCUGGGGAGAUGAAAUUAUAAGAGUGAUUUGGGUUGGUGAAAACUGUGCUGGGGCUAUAGCUCAGCAGCGGCACAGCACCUGCCUGGCAAACACGAGGUCCUCAGUUU